AUGUCUCCUAGCGCGCACCUGGACAUCAUUGUCGUUGGGGGAGGGAUUGCGGGAUUGACAGCAGCCUUGGCCCUGCGAAGGGAAGGCCAUACAGUCACGGUGGUUGAAUCAUCUGCGUGGCUGCGCGAGGCCGGCGCGGCAGUUGCUGUUCCUCCCAAUGCCACUCGCACGUUGGUGAAACUCGGCAUCGACCUCGAGAGGGACGUCAAGGCCGCUCCGUUCAAGAACUCACUCGAGUAUCAUUUCACAACCGACAAGCCGCCCAAGUUUGGCGCGAAGGGAGAUGGGCAUCAGAUACCGUGGGCACGGAGGGCCGAGGACUUCCCAGGCCUGUUUUACCUCGCUCACCGAGUCGACCUGCACGAUGCCCUGAAGACGAAAUGCGUCAGCUCGGAAGGUCCGGGAGAACCUGUCAAUGUCCUUCUGUCGUCGAGGGUCGUUGCUUGGGAUCCCGCAGGAAGUAUCACGAUCCAAAACGGGAGGCAAAUGUCCGCCGACCUCGUCAUCGCCGCCGACGGAAUACAUUCUCUGGCCCACGAGGCUAUCCUAGGCCACCGAGUUCCUGCUACCCCAAGUGGUAUCACCGCUAUACGAUUUAUAUUGAAGACUGAGACCCUCCUGAGGGAUCCGGUCACCGCAGAGAUAAUGGAUGACGGCGAUGGUUGUUUUGCGUUCUACUUUGACGCCAAUCGCAAGACAUAUCUGCUUCGUUACCCUUGUCAUAAUAACGAACUGCAGAACUUCGGAGCCUAUGGAGUGUCGGACGAUGGAGAUGCACUUCCGACCUUGACAGGUGGACAGCUCAGCAGAGAUGACCUGCUUAAGAGACUGAGUGCUUUGCCGCCGGUGUUUAGAGCCAUUGGUAGCAAGGCUGAAGACACGGUUCGGGACUGGAAAAUCGGCGAUCGAGAGCCAAUUCCAACAUAUUACCGGGACAGGCUGGUCUUGGUUGGCGACGCGGCUCAUCCCAUGUGGCCGAGGCAGGGUCAAGGUGCAGCUCAGUCGAUCGAAGACGGGGCAACCCUCGGACUCCUUAUGAGAGGACUCCAGCACAAGUCGGAUGUGACGAAUCGCCUGCUCCUGAACGACGAGCUGCGCGUACGACGAACAUCCAUUGUGCAGCUGUUGUCCCGGGCUCGUAUGUCUGCUGUCGAGGACGGUGUGACCUUACCAGCCGAAAUCGUGCGGUUAUUUUCGCCAGACCCUGCUCCUGGUCAGUCUCUAACCAUUCUCAUUCUGCUUUGUGGAUCUCUCUGA